AGGAGCGCGGGGGCCGGCGGCAGCACGCUCAGGCGGCCUGGGCAGCGAGCGGGCAGUGCGGAGUCGACCUAUGUGACUGGGCAGCGCCGGCGUGGCCUCCGUGUGGAGAGGAUUCAGGAUGACCAACGAGGAACCUCUUCCCAAAAAGGUUCGACUGAGUGAAACAGACUUCAAAGUUAUGGCACGAGACGAAUUAAUUCUAAGGUGGAAACAAUAUGAAGCAUAUGUGCAGGCUUUGGAGGGCAAGUACACAGAUCUUAACUCUAAUGAUGUAACUGGCUUAAGGGACUCUGAAGAAAAACUAAAGCAACAACAACAAGAAUCUGCACGCAGGGAAAACAUUCUUGUAAUGCGACUAGCGACCAAGGAGCAAGAGAUGCAAGAGUGUACUACACAAAUCCAGUACCUCAAGCAAGUCCAGCAGCCUAGCGUUGCCCAACUGAGAUCAACAAUGGUAGACCCAGCAAUCAACUUGUUUUUCCUAAAAAUGAAAGGUGAACUGGAACAGACUAAAGACAAACUGGAACAAGCCCAAAAUGAACUGAGUGCCUGGAAGUUUACGCCUGAUAGCAAAUAAGGCAAAAAGUUAAUGGCGAAGUGCCGAAUGCUUAUCCUGGAGAAUCAAGAGCUUGGAAGGCAGCUGUCCCAGGGACGUAUUGCACAACUUGAAGCAGAGUUGGCUUUACAGAAGAAAUAUAGUGAGGAGCUUAAAAGCAGUCAGGAUGAACUGAAUGACUUCAUCAUUCAACUUGACGAAGAAGUAGAGGGUAUGCAGAGUACCAUUCUAGUUCUUCAGCAACAACUGAAGGAGACACGCCAGCAGUUGGCUCAGUACCAACAGCAGCAGUCUCAGCCGAGUACCAGCAGGACUACAUCUUCUGAGCCUGUAGGACAGGCAGAGGCCACAGGUAAAGACUGCAGUCGUCUGGCCAACGGAUCAAGUAAUGGCAUUUCCUCCCGGCAGAGGACGUCUGGGUCUGGAUUUCAUAGGGAGGGGGAUGCAGCUGAAGAUGACUUUCCUUCUUCACCAGGGAAUGGUAAUAAGGCCUCCAACAGCUCGGAGGAGAGAACUGGCAGAGGAGGUAGUAGUUACGUAAACCAACUCAGUGCGGGGUAUGAAAGUGUAGACUCUCCCACGGGCAGUGAAAACUCUCUCACACACCAUUCAAAUGACACAGACUCCAAUCAUGACCCUCAAGAGGAGAAAACAGUGAGUGGGAAAGGUAACCGAACUGUGGGUUCCCGCCACGUUCAGAAUGGCUUGGACUCAAGUGUAAAUGCACAGGGUUCAGUUUUGUAAAAUUUUUUCCAGCAAAUUUUUAUACAGUGUCAUUUAAUU